AUGGCCUCCGACGAUCAAUCCUCUGUACCAGCAAACGAAAGUGCUUUGGAUGUGAGCUUGCUAAAGGAUGUCGCCAAAUCUGCACUAGUGGACGCGUUGAACUCUGUUAAUGGAGCAAAGACGUUGGUACUGGACGCGUCUUUGUCUGGACCACUUGGGCUUGUGACAGAGGUCUCUCUAUUGAAGCAUCAUGGUGUAGACAAGAUGUUCUGGCUGGAGCCCGGUCCAUUGACCUCCACGACUUCGAAUGUGGUCUAUUUGUGCAGGCCUACAAUAAAGAAUGUAAAGAUAAUUGCGGAUCAGAUCAAGAGACAUGCACGAGAGUCACUCAAGCACGCUUACACAGUGUUCUUCGUACCACGAGUGUCCACUUUAGUAACCCGCAUCCUAGAGGAAGAGGGUGUGCUUGGUGACGUUGUCGUAUCGACAUACAAUCUGCAAUUUAUUCCUCUAGCGGACGACGUUGUGUCCUUGGAGCGGGACAAUACAUUCAAAGAAUUGUGGGUCGAUGGUGACGAGACCGUUAUCUUCGACUCUUUCCAGGCUUUGGUCAGUUUCCAGAAGUACUACGGUUCCUUCCCACGUAUUGUCGGGAAAGGUGAUUCUGCUGCACGGCUCGCGACGCUUUUGCAUCGUCAAGGCUCGACGGACUCAUCCUCGUCAGAAGCGCGCCUUGCAAAUGAGCAAACAAUCGACUCCCUUAUUAUUAUCGACCGUCGGGUAGACAUGAUAACCCCCCUUCUUACUCAGUUGACGUAUGAAGGGCUGGUUGACGAGUUGAUUGGCAUAAAAAACUCUCACGUCGAACUUCCCGCCUCACUUGUCAAUCCUCCGGCCGCUUCAACACAGGUGGCGCCACCUUCCGCUCCAACCUCUACUGCCCCAGUCGCAGGCUUACGCAAAGAGGCCAAAAAGAAAUAUCACUUAACGACUACAACUGACCCCCUUCUUGCUGAAAUCCGGGAUCUCAACUUUUCGUCCGUUGGAAAGAAAUUAAACCAAGUCGCCCACAGAUUGGACGAAGACUACAAGGCUCGGCUACAAGCGAAAACUGUCGCUCAACUACGUGAUUUCGUGGGCAAACUGGGCGGUCUCCAGACUGAACAUCAAUCAUUACGGCUUCACACCGGACUUUCGGAAUUGGUGGUCCCUCUCACAAAGACCGAGGAAUUCAAUAAAUCACUUGAAAUCCAACAGAACCUGUUGGCUUCCUACAAUGUUUCUGUCCAGCUGACAGCAAUAGAGGAUAUGAUUGCGCAAGGCGCGGAGAUGCAAACGGUCCUUCGAUUGCUAUGUUUAGCCAGUAUAACUGCGGGAGGAAUCAAAGCAAAGACGUUGGAGAAUGUCAAACGAGAAGUCUUACAGGCCUAUGGUUAUAAUUACCUCCCAAUGCUUCUUUCAUUAGCAGCCCCCUCAUUGUCCAUGCUGUUACCUAACCCCUUGCCAUCAACUGUGACGGGUCCCAAAUACCCCUUCGUUCUUCUCAGAAAGUCCCUGCGACUUCUCAUCGAUGACAAUCCCGAGGCGCUUGACGAGGUAGAGAAUGAUAUCAGUUUUGUCUAUUCAGGAUACGCCCCCAUCAGUGUCCGACUGGUUCAAUGCAUUGCACAAAAGGGCGGCGUCCUGAGCAACCCGGCGGAACGAGACAAGCAAGAUCAGGAUGGAAAAGGCAAGACCACGAAAGUCCAGGCGCAUCCAAUCGUGGGUUGGAAAGGAUUCGAAGACGUUAUCUCAACUAUUCCCGGUGAGACGGUUGAUAUCGUUCAGAAACCUGCGAAUGCCGUCAUUUCACCCAUGGCUUCAUUACUGCCUCGAGAACAAGCGACAACAACGGUCGUGUUCUUCCUUGGGGGUUGUACGUACACGGAGAUUGCUGCAUUGCGAUGGGUCGCGCGGCAGAAUCGAGGGAGGAAGUUUCUCAUUGCUACGACAAGCAUUGUCAGCGGGGCAAGCAUCAUAGAAGGCAUAGCCGGCGUUGGCAAGGCGGGGGGACCCAAGGAUGCUGGAAUCUAG